GCAGCCCGGCUGUAAACCAGCAGCUGACGGAGCUCCGUCACCGUGCCCGCACAGAGACAGCUCCAGGCCGCCGCUCAUCAUCCUCUCACCGCUGGACGCGCGUCCCUCUCGGACCUUAAUCGGGACAGACAUGGUGGUGGUCGCGGCUCCGCACAAGCUGCUGCUCAUCUCCGGCCAGCAGGGCGUCGCCCCGCUGCUGCCGUCGUCGGCGGCGAGCCAGGCGUCGUCGGACUCGGACUCCAACACGUCCACGGGGCCGCCGGUGCGGAAGCGGCAGCGGCUCACGCACUUGAGUCCGGAGGAAAAAGCCCUGCGCAGGAAACUCAAGAAUAGAGUUGCAGCUCAAACCGCCAGAGACAGAAAAAAGGCCAAGAUGGGGGAGCUGGAACAGCAGGUCAUAGAGUUGGAGCUGGAGAACCAGAAACUUCACAUUGAAAACCGGCUGCUUCUGGCAAAAACCAACGGCCUGUUGACAGAAAACGAGGAACUGAGACAGAGACUUGGGUUGGACACCCUUGACUCGAAACCGGAGGUUCAGACGCUGUCUACUGGGAACGAAGCAAAUUUGGGGAUCGGGUCUUCUGAGUCCGCAGCACUCAGGCUACGUGUGUCCGCAGCAGGUGCAGGCCCAGCACCCCCCAAAUCUGAAGACUUCUCAGUGGAUACAGAUGACCCUGAUGUUACAGACAAUGAGUCUGAUUUGCUAUUGGGCUUUCUGGACAUCCUUGACCCGGAGCUGUUCCUCAAGUCUUGCGAGCAGGCCUGCCAGGAGUCGCAGGUGCUGCUGGCUGGAGGGGGGGACCCAGUACCUGCCGCCGCACCUGCAGCUCUGGGGCCCCCACCAGUUAAGCUGGAGACCCUUAAUGAACUGAUCCACUUCGACCACAUCUACACGAAGCCCGUGGAGGAGGAGAGCAGCGUGCAGUGCAGCGACUCGGAGAGCAGCGCGGACGAGAAGACGCAGCAGGCCGCCGAGGUGGUGCUGGUGGAGGAGGAGACCGUCUGCAUCAAAGACGAACCCGAGGAAGUGGUCAUCCCCGCCUGCAGCGGCCCCAUGGAUGACCUCUUCCCCGGAGUCUCCGACCCCGCCCUCGGCGCCAAGGAGGCCUGCCUGGCCGACACCUACAGCGACUCUGGAUACGAAGGGUCUCCCUCCCCUUUCAGCGACAUGUCGUCCCCCCUGUGCUCCGCCGGCUCCUGGGACGACAUGUUCGCCAACGAACUCUUCCCCCAGCUCAUCAGCGUCUGAAUCCAGCCCAACAUCCUGUAAAUACACAUCAGAGCUAAUGUGUAGCUUCACCUGUAACCCCCCACCGCCAGCCAGAGCGCCUCUGAACCGGGCCGUUCAUGGGCCGGGCCGUAGUGCAGAAUCAGCAGGGCCGUACCGCUGCUGACGCUGCCCCCCCGUGGGGCAGACGGAGGGAAUCACGGCUUCGUCUCGGCGUAACUUCAUUACGCAGGUUAUGGUCGCCGGCGAGCGGGCUGCUCCGUUCUGGCUGGGAUGUGGGUGGAUUCCAGUAUUUGUACAAAUGUUUUUCUCUGGGGGGGAAGGGGGACCCAUCGCUUUAAUAUUACACUUUAUUUAUUUGUGUAUUAUGCUUUCGAGUCAAAUGUAAGCAUGUAAACGUCUUCUAAUUCUUGACUGCUCUCCUGGUAGUAUAAUUACUGCAUUAAAAAACUUUUGCAUCGCA